CUGAAAUCCGGAGAUUGGUAUGGCUGGGAGAGAGGAGUACCGAAUAUUUGUGGGAGGGUUAUCGUGGGACAUCACGGAGCGUCUGCUUGAGAAUGCCUUCAGUCGAUUCGGCAAAAUUAUCGAUUCUCAGGUUACCAUUUUUAUGUAUAUUACUUGAUUUGUGGUUUGAUCUGUAUGGCUGAAAACUGAAGCAAUUGGACUUCGUUUUAACCUAACACGUUGGAAUAAGAAAUCCAUUUGUUUCCUAAUAUGAGAAGAAAAUAGAUUAGAUUGGUAUCAUUCUGGUUCAUUGUUCAUAUGGAGGAUAUAAUUUCUCAAAUUCCACUCCCUUCCCUCUAAUUAACAUUUCCUUCUGAUGAUAGCAUGAAAAAAAAAAAAAAAAAAAAACCACCGAUGAAUUGUAAGAUUAACUUUUAUCAUCGAAAGCCAUAAUGUUUUGUUUUUUCAGCAUUGUUUUGUGGCACCUGUAAUUUUUCAGCAACCUCUUCUCUUUCUGAUGAUGUUUCUUUUCCCCUUGUGAAUGAGGAUGCUGUUAAUAAACUUUUUGGGAAGCGGGUUCUCUAUCCACGUAACAAUGCACCAAGAUGCUGAAGGUCAUAGGCUUGUAUGUGCUUAACUAUUAUCUGAUUUAAGAUCUGCUAGCAAAGAAAUAGUGCUACCGUCUGGAAAUUGGGAAUAUGGUCGCCUGCCUAGCUGAUUGGGGUUUGGUAGGAUUUUAAUAUGCAAAUGCAGCGACUAAUUGUUUCUGUGGGAUAAAAGAACUUGUCACUUUUUCGCGACAGAUAAAUGAUUUAAAACCGGAGGAACUUUUAACAAGUGCUGUGCUGACGCCUGCUUCAGUAGACCUUUCUUGUUUUAUUGUUCGUUGAUGUUUUUGAUGACGAAACUGAAGUCACUAAAAUGUUUCAGCAUCUGACUAAUAAACGUUCUAGUAUUUGCAUGGAGAAUUUUAUCUUGCUUGGGAUGAUUAUGAAACCCUACAUCUUAUCCUUGGCUUACCGCAAUUACCAAUAGUAUGACUAAAAUUUAUGAUGAAGGUUAUGUGGUUAUUUGAGAUGAUGUACAUGGGGCAGAAGGUUUGGUAUAGAUUGCCAUAUUGACUCAGAUAAUGAGUUUGCUAAAUCUAAUCUCAGAAAAUCUUCAGAAGCUGUAUGUUAUUGGAUGGAAAGUUAUGUUGUAUGAAGAUGGUUUCUUACUUGUGGCUGCUUCUUUGCAAUGCUUUCUUCGUUUUCCUAUCUAUAACUGCAAUUAUUAUCAAAGUGAGAGAUAGCUGGUUUUCUCAUUUGCUAGUUUCACCGGUGUUGAGAGUUGUCAGUUUGAUUCUAAGAUGGAGAAUACGUAAAAGUGGUGCAUCCUUUUUGGCUAAGAUUUAUGGUAGUGUGGAAAAGUACAAUUUUUGGAAAUCAAUAACCAUUUCAUCCUUUUGAGUGGACACUGCAUUGUUGAAUUUCAUUUUGCUGGGAUGAAGUUGUCAGCGUCCCUUACUUUUCCAGGCACGCUCCGAAAGUUGUUUGUACUGGUUUCUGUUUAGCAGCUAAUGUGGCUAGAAUGGCACUAGCGAUGCCAGGCUUAGCAGCUCAGACAUUUUUUUUGAAGAAUUGACCAAUCUGCAUCGGUAGUCUUUAGUUUGACAUGUAUUCGGCAUUGCAUGAUGUCAGCUGAAUUGUAAAUGUCAGUAUGAGGACCUAUUCUGAUCAGUUGUCUUCUCUGGCGAACUUGUUAAGAUACUAUGUGGUGGACAGAACAGUGGACAUUGAUGUGGAUAUUUUUGUCAUUCAAAGCUUCCAGAGCUCUUAAGGCCUCUGAUGUUGGACUCCGUUUUCUGUUAUGACCUAGCAUUAUGAAUGUCUGUUUGUUGGGUAUAAUACUGGAUCGGAGCAAUUGGAUUUGAAGUUAAAUUUGAGUUCCUAUAGGUGCAGUGUUGCAGGUUGGGGUUUUUUUUUUAUGAGCUAUUUAGAUGAAUGGAUUUAGGUUGUGGCAACCUGUGAAAUUAUGGAGCUGUAGUUUUCCAUUCAUUUGUUUACAUCCUUUUCUCGUUGUUUGAAGUUGUUCCUGAAGAUUGGUCAAGAAUGCUCUGCUAUUUUGUUUUCCUUUUUUAUGGUGUUGAUGUGCUAGUUCCCUCAUAUUAAUACUCAUUGACAGUCUUUGUCAAUCCUUGAAUAUGAAUAUGUUCCUAGUUAAGUAUGGUUGCCGUGCAAGAUUUAUCGUCAUCAAGUUUUCCAGUACAGCCUCUUGUCCACAAACUGAAGGGAUCUCAAUCACGGAAUAAGUUGGCAUCUCCAUUGCUUGAAAUUUUACUGUUUUAGUGAACCUUGCCUUCGUCUCCUAAAGCAUUCAUCCUGGAAGAUGUGUUGUUUUAAGUAUUCGUCUUUCUUUUUUGAGAUUUAUGCCACUCUCUCUUUCACAUCACAUCCUAAUAUGAUUGAUCAUGUGACCGCUUUGUUGAGGUUAACAAAUCCCAUAGUUGGAAGUAAUACACAUAUCCAGUGAAGUGUUUGUACUGGGGUUUUUUGAGUUAACAUGAAUUUUGAGUGCCAUUUUGGAUGCCGGACUGCACAGAAGAAGUCCAUUUAGCCACUUUUUUAAUGGAAUUGUUUCUUUAAAUAAAAGGGGACUAGAGAGGUCUAAGAUAUUCCCACUUCAGAACAUAGAGAUAAAGACGUACAGGCUCUUUUGUUUUGUUAAGGAAUUAUGUAACAUGUUGCAAUGAGUUCAUCAUAAAUGGAAGAAAAAUAUCAUGUUGGAAAAGAAUACUGGCCGCCCACGUGGCUUUGGGUUUAUUACAUUUUCAGAUCGUCGGGGAAUGGAUGAUGCCAUCAGAGAGAUGCAUGGACGGGAAUUUGGAGAACGAAUCAUUUCAGUGAACAAGGCUGAACCUAAAAUGGGAGAAGAUAUAGACCAUGGUUACAGGGGGGGAGGAGAUAGAUCUGCGAGGCAAGAUGAAUGCUUCAAAUGUGGGCGUCAUGGACACUGGGCUAGAGAUUGUCCUUCAGUGGGUGGUGGCCGAGGAAGGGGAGGAGACUCGUUUCUUACACGUUCUCGGCUUGGGGAUAGUGAUCGUGGGGAUCGCUUUGCUGGAGAUAACAAUCGAUAUGUGGAUGAUCGUUAUGAAGGUGGCGGGCGCUUUGGAGAUCGGGAUCGUUUUGAUAACAGCAGGGACAGCAAAUAUGGAACUCGUGAUCGCUAUGUCAGUGAAAGAUACCCACCUGGUGGAGAUCGCUUUGGUAGCAGUAGGUACAAUAACGAUUCUGAUCGUUUUCCCAUAAAUGGCUAUGGCAAAGAUAGGGGGUAUUAUAGAGAUGGUGGACCUCGUGGGGUUGAUAAGUAUGGAAGUGGCGGUCCAGCACGUGACGAGGGAAGAAGCUACAGGAACAGACCAGCUCCUUAUGAUCGCCCUAGCCGAGGUGGGCGGCCAUCCUCAUUUGAUCGUUAUUGAAUGUUUUGUUGUUAGAUAGCGCACAUUUUCUGGUUUAUCUAGUAAAAGUGUACUACAUGCUGGGUGUUGUGCUGUUAGUUAUCUAGGAUUUAGUUGCAGUACCGUGGCCCGACCGACAGACAGAUUGUUGCGGUUUCGUCUAGCUUUCAUGUAUCUGAUUUUUUGUUCAGAGACAAGAUAAAUGCUCUGAAGAACGAUGAAUGGACAGAGACAGAUUUAAGUUGACAAUUUUGUGAUUCCUAAAA